AUGUCCGUCUCGUCGCCCCGCGUGGCUAGUCCCGCUCCCAAUGCCAGCUCUGAUCCGCUGUCUAAUGUGCCGCCCUCCGAGUGGAUGGCAGUUGCCGGGACAGGAGACGACUACGACGUCACAGCGGCGCUGGACGAGUUCUACGCGUCUCGUACUGGCGUCUGCGGCCUGGUCGAGUCCGGCGUCACCAUCGUGCCACCGCUCUUCCUCGCGCCCAACAGCCCACCUCCACCGCCACUCGGGACGACCAGCUUCGUCAUCCCAACCAUCGACCUCUCCCUCCCACGCUCGGCCAUCGUGCCGCUCGUCCGCGCCGCCGCGCGCACCUGCGGCAUCUUCUACAUCACCAACCACGGUGUCCCUGCCGACACCAUCGACUCCGCCCUGUCCGCCGUCCGCGCCUUCCACGAGCUGCCUCCCGCCGUCCGCUCGGAGUUCUACUCGCUCGCGCUCGUCGGCGACAUCCUCUGCACAACGUACCGCAACGACCGGCCGCGGCAGGCUGCUAGGCCCAACGCCAUCCCCGUCCUGCCAUGGCGCGACAGCCUCACUAUCCGCGUCACACCGCCGGGUCCGGACCUCGGCCGCCUCCCCGCGGUUGUGCGAGACCCGUUGCUGGAGUACCACCGGGUCAUGGCUGAGUUCGGAAAGAAGAAGAUCGGGGUGCUGCUGUCAGAGGCGCUCGGUGUCGGUGCGGAGUGGCUCGAGAAGACCAUGCAGAUGGAGGCUGCGGAUAUAUCGAGCCACUACUAUCCUCCAUGCCCGGAGCCCGCGAAGGUGAUCGGCGGCAUGGACCACACCGACCCAUACCUGUUCACGGUGCUGGCGCAGGACGCCGUCGGAGGACUCGUGGUGCAUGUCCGCGGUGGGGAGUGGGUGGAUGUGCCGCCGGUGGCUGGAACGCUCUUAGUAAACAUCGCAGAGCUGCUCAAGGUGUUUUCGAACGAUGAGUACAUUAGCAUAGAUCACAGGGUGAGGGUCAAGUCCAUGAAGGAACCAAGGGUAUCCAUCGCCCUCUUCUUCAAUCCAAGCGACUCCCACAUGAUCGAGCCUCUCCCAGACCUCGUGACGGUAGACAAGCCCCUACGGUACCGGAGUUUCACCAUGGCUGAGUUCAGGGAUUCGAGAAAAGGCAGGUUCGGAAUGUUCCGGAAAAAUGUGAACUGA